CGACUGGCUCCCCACCCGUCCGUUGGGCUCCGGCUGGAGCGAGCGCAUGGCCACGUCCAAGCUGUACCAAGCAAGCCUUGGAGAGCAUGACAGAUCCACAUCAGGCUGGCAACCAGAAUCUUGGCACCAGCUUUAUUUCCCUCUGGCCUUCCCCAAACCCCCUCGCCCGGGCACCAAGAAGCGAUCGAAGCCCUCUCAGCUCACGGCAAGGAGAGAACACAGCGCAGCUGCCCUUCCUUCCCCGCUCCCCCCGGGCAGGAGGCCGCUCUGGAUGAGCCGCUCCUUGGGAGAAAUGUCCUGGCAGCUGAGGGCGGACAACAGGCCUAGGAAGCACCCGGCGGCCGUGCCCAUCUCGCCCUCGCAGGCCAAGCCGGCUCCGGUCCCACCCCCACAGGACCCACCCCCGCCCUCCCCACCGGUGCCAGCCUCGCCGUCAGAGGCCUCAGCCACGCUGCCACAUGCCCAGCCGGAGAGCCCCGGCUCGGGCCUACUCCCGGCCCCGGCGGGCUGUCCCCAAGACCGGGCCCCUCCUCUGCCCCCAAAGCCCGGGUUUAUGAGGUUCUUCAAGUGGAAAUGGAAGACCCCCAAGGAGGCUCCUGAGAGACCCCCGAGGGGCCCCUCCCGGCCUCUGGGGACCCCGCUGGAGGGGUCUCCGCCGGGUGCCCCCAUGGUGGAGCCGGAGGGCAAGAAGAUGGCCGUGCCUGCCCUCCUCAAGGGCCCCUCGGCCCCCGGCUCCCCGGAACCCCAGUCCCCCGAGCCCGAACCCAGCGGGCGGCCGGCCCCGACCUCGCUCCGACGCUUCCUGAAGAAGCAUCGCUCCGGCCCCAGGACCGGUCACCCUGGGCCCCCCAGCUCUCCUGAGGCGGCCUCCCCUGACCAGCAUGAGCGGGAUGCAAGACCCCCCGCCCGCCCCCCAGAGAGGCCUCCGCCCCCCAAGGCCGCCUCCACCCCCCGGAUAACCGAGAAGACGCUGGCGAACCAGCUGCGGGUCGUGCGAGUGGAGCGGCCCUCCCGGGACCCCGCGACGCCCCCCGAGGAGCCGGCCCCGCACCCCGCCGAGGGCACCCGUGCCGUCCCGUUGCCCGGAGCCGAGUGGGUCCACAGACUGCUCUGAGGAAUUACCAGUCGCCGAGGGCUCCAUGGUGGAGGAAGCAGUGGGGGGGACGCCCCCCAACCCCAACCCCCGCCACCACCACUGGCGAGCGGCUCAGCAAUAA